CCAAGAUCAACCUUGCAUACAUACAAAACAGUACGGACUGCGGUAGUUCAUCAUCAUCCUCUGCAACUUGACGCAGUGCCUCUCGUUUCAACCGAACCCUCCAGGCUGCUUAUUAUAUCCCAAUCCCAUCAACCACACCCCCAGGGCGCCUUCCCAUUCCCGGACUCUCGUUCCUGACAAUUGACUUUGACUUUCUGCUCUCUCCCCCCUCUCGCUCUCUCUCUCUGGAAUUACGUGCUCGCACUGAGAAUCCACCUCAUCGUCUUCACGACAACCAGAGCACGGCACAGCAGAGCAGAAGCACCCCCGUGACCAAGGAGGUUAGACAGUCAAGCGUCUCUCACUUGACCAUAGGUCCAUCCCCCCAAGGAUUGGAAGAACCCCACGUUUCUGCCCCCCUCGUCGUCUCUCUCUGGCAGGGCGGCAUCAAGUAUACAAAAGCAACCGAACCCCCACCGGACAAAUCCUCUCGUUCCCACUUCUGGACUUCCCCUCCCGUGGAUACAGGACACAGGAAACAGGAAACCAUACACAGGAUACCGCACACUGGAGACCCCAGGACAUUGGAAUUGGACCUUUAUUUACUCUGCUCCCACCUGGACUGAACCGCCCCGGAAGCUCCGUUGUACAUCAGCAUUCACCCGCCCCGCCACAAAACUGGCAUUGUCUCUGGGAUUGGCAUUGGACGCCAUAGCACAAGACUGCCCUUUAGUCUCGGACAAGACACACAUUGCAUUGCCGUCAUCUCAGCAACAACAACACACUGGCAGACCGCGGAUCCCUACGGACAGCCCGCGUGUACAAGCUGCCGGGCUCCUUAUACUUUGGCACCAUUACCGCCGGCCUCGCUCCAGCAAGCGACCGACCGUCGCAUCCAAACACCUGCAGGACCAGAGGUACUCCCCUCAUCCCUGGCACUAGCGGUCACACCUCAUCGCGGAGCCGUGUUAGCCCUGCGGCAAUCCUGGCAAGCAGGUUGCGAUCCCCCUCUAGCGGGCAACAACGACAUCUUGCAGUCAACGCUUGCAAGGCAGGCCGUUGAUCUGCCACAUUGGUCAAAUCCCAGACAAUCAGACGUCCCAGAAACGGUACCGGCACAAAUAGCCAGCCCACGCUAUCCUAUCGCGCAAUUCGACGCGACACUGCUAUCAACUGCGGUGCUUGCAAGAGUCAGAGGAAAGAAACACUUCCCAUACUCUCUCUUCCUUAUUAUUCUCUCUCUCGCCCACUCCCUCCUCCUGCACUGCUCGGCACUGCUGCACUCGCAUCCAUUCGCCACCUGCAAGUCGAUACGAGCAGCAGCCUCCUCCAACUCUUCCUUAUUACACACGCACGCCAUUCCGCCUACUGGUACCCGUCUAUCCACCACACCCAUCUUCAGCCUGCUGCAUAUAAGGACCGCACCCGCCCAACUCCUAGCGCCCACCAUCACCACCACCUACCCCCCUUGGGUUGCCUCGUCUCUGGCCUCUCUGCUGGCAGCCACCCUUGCGGCCAACCAACCAAUAUCGCCGACCAAAUUGGGAUCCCGUCGACGACACAGCAGCGAACCACUGGCCGCUCCCUCAUAUUGGACCCCGCUGCCUUCCCCACGUCCUGGAACGGAACACCCCCUGGUGCCAAAGGACCAACCAACGAGCAGUCUGGCUCGUUCCCAUUAGCAUACAAGACCAGCCCGUCGCCUCCUCGCUCUCGCAAUCCUCCUCAUGCACCACCACCGCAGGAAGUCUGGCCACGGGUCUACAAACACCUCCACCACAGACGUGAGGAAAGCCGUCACUGUCUCCGACCUGUCUACCAGGCACAAGUCCACCCGCCCCGCAAUGACACGGAGGACCACCCCCCACAAGCUGGGCAAGAACCUCCGCGAGAGGGAGCGCGACAUGGACGACGAGUACUGGUUGUCCGUCGAGCACGAGAGAGAGAGUUUCCCGCAGUUCUGUAUGACCUGCGAGAAGCAAUUUGUUCCUCAGGAUGAGAAGUUCCUGUACUGCUCAGAAUCCUGUCGCGCCAGGGAUCACAACAAUGUGUCCACGCCCAGGAGCCACGGCCACAGCAGCCGUUCCGGCCACAGCUAUCCAUUUUACGCUGCAGGCACACCCGAGCCCAAGGAUAUCAUCCCCAGGGCGUCGCCUUCCAGGCCCAACUCUAUGCACCUCUCCCCUCCGACGUCGCCCACCUCCACCAGCCAUCACACGUCAGCAAUCUCCGCGCUUAGGUCACUGUCCAUCCGAGAAACGAGCCCUCCCACACCGCCUGGCUCCUACCCCAGCGGCGUGUGGCCCUUCACGUCGCGCAGCAAUGCAACGAGCCCCAGCACGUCCUAUGGCACGCGGCCCACGUCAAUGUACGCGACAUACGACAGCUACGGCUACACGAUGGCCUCACCCGGCAUCUCAGACCGGCCACUGCCAUCCCGCCGCCCCGGCGGGUACUCGCGGCCAAAGAGCAUUGAGCUUGUUACGCCCAUGACCAGCCGGUGAUGACCGAGAUGGCACGGACGGCACACGGGCGCUCCCCCCGGCCAUCAUUUCACACACCUCGCGGCUUCCUGCAUGUGUUUGCUGGUCAUGUGAACACCCAGCACCGCGCCCAACAGGCGGGCCACACAUCUGGCGGGCAGCCGGUUCUCUGUGCGUGUUGGAAAUGAGAAUGCUCACAUGCGUGUUGGUGGCUGAAUCAGCGUGACAUGGCCCCUGAACGGGGUGCGUGGUGCAGGAUCAGGCUAGAGCGGGAAGGCGUGCUCUGUCACAAUUCCAGCACGUCGUCACUUCAGGCUAUUCUGGGGGGAGGCUGCUUACGCCCAAGCAGCUCGGCGCCACUGCCAUUUACGGCCACGCCUGUCUCCCACCUCGGCGCCGCUGCGGCUGCCGCUGCGGCCGGUCGGCUUUCCUCAUCUCAUUUAUCACGGAUCUUCUUGCAUCUAUCUAUCCCUCCAACUCAAAUCACAUAUCCACCUGCCCCAUAUACCGACGUUAAAUGGGAGCUACCGAAGUGCUUACCACCGGCGCUGCCGCCGUCCCCACCCCUGGGGGGCUGGCUGGCUAUCAGACCCGCACCGGAACGUGGCGACGGGGUACGAGUCAUGACCAGGCCGACAGUGAUGACGGCUAAACACGGCGUGGGGGUUUUUCCAUCUUGCUGCCUAUCGAGAGGACACUUGGUGUUGACGCACGCAUCGCGGAUGGCGUCGGGUUAUUGAACGAUUCUCUAUUUCCUCACUGGGUCGGCGUCUCACUUAUCAGCAUGCCGCAUGCGUGGGAAGGGCAUUGGCAUCACAAGACAAGCCCGCAGCCGACGACUGAUUUACGAAUGGGAACGUCGUCCGGAUGACACGCAAAGUGCAUCCCGGCGCAUUGAGGGGGCCCUGCCUGGGCAUGCACGCACCUGCCCAGGUCUCGGCCCUUCCAUCUUGAUAUUUCUUUGAGACGCAUUUUUUGAGAUUUUCCUAUGCAGCAUUUUCGGGGCGAGGCAGGGACAGGGACGUAUUAUACCACAAAUCAUCAUUUACGGGCGCUGGGCUGGAGCAGGAUGGCGAAUUCAUGGAAAAUACCAUGCCAUAUUUUAGGUAGCGAACAAAAGUUUUUCAUCAACAAACCCAACCUUGCCCUGCUCUUGCAGGGUUCCAGCGCAUGCGGGUUGCCUCCCUGAGAAACAAACACAGUUUUGUAACAUGCGUGCAUGUCGCCCACCCGCAUCCCGACCCGUCUGAUGGCGAAACAUGACAAGCAUGGCGUGUGGACCCGACCGCUCGGGUUCUGCGACCAGGUCUGAAUCGCAUCCCUCGUGCGCGCGCUGCCUGCAUGACCCACCCUCGCCCGCCAGAUCCAUGUGCUCUGGUCAGUCACAAAAAUCCCCUCGUACAGGCAGGAGUUGGAGCUCAAACUUUCACCGUUCAAGCAAGGACAAAAAGCGAAAUUAAGACCGUGGGCGGGCCCGGCGCGUCUCGGGAGGGGAGACGGGGGGUUGCUGGCAGGAAGGCCUUUUCUUUGCGCCCGCCUGCCCGCCCCGCCCGUCCCCACCAUCCCCAGUCCCGGCCGACCGCGCCGCGCCGAGGCAUCCAUUGCCCCCCGGUUUUGGUGCGGGAGCUUCGGCGGCGUGUGGGUGGGGUCUUUUUUUCUUUUUUGUCUCCUGCCGUGCGUGUCAUGGCUGCCGCGUCAUUUUCUUGGAGAGGGUGUGCCGUUAGGUGCUGGAUGGAUGGGAUGACUGACUCAGCUUGGUCUUGGGGGUUUGUGUGUUUUGCGGGUGGGGUCUUUUGUAUUUUUUGUUUAUGUGUGUAUGUGUACUAUGUAGUAUGUGACUGGCUUGGAGACUUGAUGUACAUUCAAGUGGCUUGGGAUGUGUUGGUUUUCGUUUCUCUCCCGUGUACACGGUGCCUUCCAAGCUGUGGUGAAUGCUCAAGGACCCAACGGUCAAAAGACGUGGGAUAGGUUAACAGCCUUAUGGUUUGGGGUUUGCUUUUUCUUCUUGCUUCUGAGACGUGUCAAC